GAACAGAAGAUGACUGCCAACCCGUAUCUGGACUCUACUACUUGGAAACUUCCUCCCUGCAGCAGUGCAGAUGUGAAGCCUCAGUAUGUUCAUCAUCUGACUCCAAAUCCCCCUCCUGAGAUCAGCAGCUCCAUCCCCAAACACAAAGAUGUCAGACAGAAGUGUGUGAACUUCACUGUGGCUGCUGUGAUCAGCCUGCUGCUGCUCCUCCUGCUGGCUGGGAUCCUCCUCGGUUACUACUACUCCUCUGCCUGUAUUCAUGGGAUUCAGUGUGGGGAUGGGGGCUGUGUGUGGGAGUCUCAGUGGUGUGAUGGAGUGAUGGACUGUCCUGCAGGCCAGGAUGAGGCUAACUGUGUGAGGGUGCAUGGUUCCAGUUUCCUGCUCCAAAUCUACUCAACUCAGAGUAAAACCUGGAGAACCGUCUGCUCUCAGGGCUGGAGUGACGUAGCGGGCAGAGCAAGCUGCAGACAGAUUGGAUUCAGCAGGAACACAUAUUUUAAAUCAGGCCAACAGCAGACUGACUCUACAGAUGGUUUCCUGAGCGUCAAGUCGAACUUUAACCCUGAAGCAUCUUUACUGCAGCAGCUGGCCCUCAGUAAUACCUGUCCAAACAACAGUGCGGUGACUUUGUUCUGUACCGAUUGUGGGCAUGGGGUAAACUCCAGCAGAGCUGGGGGUCAGUCUGCCUCUCCAGGAGCCUGGCCCUGGCAGGUCAGUCUGCAGGUUGCAGGCUCUCAUCGCUGUGGAGGAGCUGUCAUCUCCCCCUACUGGAUAGUUACUGCAGCGCACUGUGUGGCCAGGGUCUCCAGUCCUGCAGACUGGGCGGUGUAUGCUGGGGUUGUGGAUCCACUGGGAACUCUGUUUAACCCCUCCUACUCUGUGAGCCACAUCAUAGCUCAUGAAGGCCACAUCAGCCAAUCACGCAAGAAUGAUAUCGCUCUGAUGAGGCUGUCUGAACCUCUGGACUACACAGUCUCGACCAACGUUGCACCUGUGUGCCUCCCUAAUGUUGGUCUGAACAUCACGGAUGGCCAGGAAGGCUGGAUAACACGGUUUUAUGGGACUGGAGACUCCGGCUCUUUGUCCCUGAUGGAGGCUCCGGUCUCUCUUAUUGACACAGCAGACUGUAACAACUCCACGUCUUACAGCGGCAGAAUAUCAGAGGACAUGGUGUGUGUCAGAGAGGAGACAGCAGGCAGCACAUGUUGGGCGGACGGCGGCAGCCCUCUGGUGUUCCUGAAGGACGGAGUAUGGUGGCUCAUAGGGGACAGCAUCUGGGGGCAAGACUGCACAGAGCGUAACAGACCGGCUGUUUAUGGCAGAAUUAAUUUUUUCCUAGACUGGAUCUUCCAGCAGAUGAAGAAGCAUCAAGAUGACUGACGGCGAGCCCACAGCUGACCUGUCUGGGGUGUACAUUUAUGAUUUCAGCUCAUUUUCAGAGAAUAUUUUUUAAUGAAUGUCUCAACAGUGUCUUCAUCACCUUCAUGACUCUUUUCUUACUGAUACAACCUUCAUACCUACUGAUACAGUUUUAUUGUUUAUAUCACUGCUGCAGACUCUGGUCUCAUAUAAGAACCAUGCUUUCAUGCAGUAUCUUUAGAACAGUUUUUGUUUCAUUUAUUGUUAUUACUAUAAUAAAAAGUCUUUACUUA